UAUUUUUCACUCACAUAAUUCCUUCAUUUUGCUCUUCAAUGGAGAGAAACUCAUUACUUAUCAUCACAUUUUUCGUUAUGAUAAUAAAUACAGUACUCUCCUACAAAGGUACAACGCCUGGACUUAUUUGUGGCAAUUGUGGCAAAACUCCAGUGCCUUACCCGUUAAGCACGGGGCCUAAUUGUGGCGAUCAAUCGUACAAAGUCCGGUGCAGUGCAGGGACACUGUGGUUCGAUACUAAGGGAAAUUCAUCGUACGUUAUUACAUCCAUUAGUCCACAAAUCCAGAAAAUGGUUGUUAAAACACCAACCCUAUAUCCCAACACAUGUUUAUCGUCCGAUUUUUAUUCUGAGGGUAUCCAACUUGAUCCAAAUCUUCCUUUUAACAUCACGGGGAGUAACACAAUCUUGUUGCUAAAUUGUACGUACAACAUGUUGCACUUGCAAGCACCGAUAAAUUGUUCAUCUACGUGUAUUUGUCACCCUUAUGUGAAUAAAAUUCAAGAAUUUGCUGCAUGUAGACGUCAAAGUUUGUGUUGUAUUUUUAGGACAGGAGGGUCACAAAAUGAGUAUAUGAUUAGGUUAAAUUCUAAUGGGUGCAUGGCUUACCAAAGUUUUGUGGGGUUGGAUACUUCUUUGCCAGUUGAAAAAUGGCCACAGCCUGGGCUGGAAUUAAUGUGGCAAAUUCCAGAUCCACCUGCUUGUAAGAAUGAAGUGGAUUGUAAUGUCUUGCCAUUUUCCAAGUGUUUAGGGGAUCCUAAAAAUCCUGGAAAGAAGAGGUGCGUUUGCAAGUCUGGCCGCUAUUGGGAUGCACAGGGAUAUUGUCAAAAGUGUCGACAUGGCACUGCCUGUAAAAUUCAAAGGAACAAAGCGCCACUUAUUGCAGUUGCUGUUGUCUCAGUGCUUCUCAUGCUCUUAGGUGGAUUUCUAGUCCACAGACGUUACCUCAUAAAAAGAAGAACUAUAAGGUUACUAGUUAAGGAAAGAGAGGAAAUAUUAAGUGCCAAUACAAGUGGAAAAUCAGCUAAAGUUUUCUCAGGCAAAGAAAUCAAAAAAUCAACCAACUAUUUCGACAAGGAAAAUCUUCUUGGCUCUGGUGGAUUUGGUGAAGUUUUCAAAGGCACUUUAGAUGAUGGAACAAUAGUUGCAGUUAAACGUGCAAAACCUGGAAAUGCAAAAGGCACGUUACAAGUCCUUAACGAGGUUCGAAUUCUUUGUCAAGUUAACCAUCGUAGUCUUGUACGAUUACUAGGUUGUUGUGUCGAGCUCGAAUUACCUCUUUUAAUUUACGAGUACAUUCCCAAUGGGACACUUUUCGAGCACCUCCACGGGUUCCGUCUUCGCGAGUGGGCACCACUUAGUUGGUUAAGGCGUCUCGUGAUUGGUCACCAGACCGCAGAUGGCCUCGCGUACCUUCACUCGUCAGCAGUGCCGCCAAUUUAUCAUCGUGAUGUCAAGUCAAGUAACAUUUUACUAGACAAUAAGCUCGAUGCUAAGGUUUCUGAUUUUGGACUUUCAAGAUUAGUCGAAUUAAGUGAAAGUGAGAAUACUCAUAUUAACACGACCGCUCAAGGCACAUUGGGAUAUCUUGAUCCCGAAUAUUAUUUGAACCUUCAAUUGACAGAUAGGAGCGAUGUUUAUAGUUUUGGAGUUGUUCUAUUAGAACUUUUAACGUCUAAAAAGGCGAUCGAUUUUAACAGGGAUGAGGAAGAUGUGAAUUUGGUUGUGUACAUGAAAAGGAUAAUGGAUCAAGACAUAUUAAAGGAGGUGAUUGAUCCUUUUAUUAAAGAAGGGGCAAGUAAAGUGGAAAUGGAGACAAUUAAAGCUGUAGGGAAUUUAGCUGCAGCUUGUUUAGAUGAUCGGAGGCAAAAUAGGCCAUCAAUGAAAGAAGUAGCAGAAGAGCUUGAGUAUGUUAUUGGUAUUGUUACUGGUCAGGCUUCUAAAAGUUAG